GAGUGUCCGUGUGACGUCGAACGCGCCAGCUGAUUUGCCGAUUGGAUUUGGAUUUUUGUGCGAGUGGUCUCUCCAGUGGAUACCGUUUGUUUAUUGAUCGAUGGUGAUGGUCGUUGCGCGUUGAGUGUGAACAACAGUAAACGAAAUAGAAGGCUCCAGGGCUGUGUUCUCGUGUCUCGACUAGCCCAAAGUCUCGUUAGCCCUCCGAAAUGCCGAAGCCACAAGUACAAGAGGGCGAGGACCCCGAUCCGACCCCGUACCUGUUCGUUUCUCUGGAACAGAAACGUAUCGACCAAAGCAAGCCCUACGAUGGCAAGAAAGCUUGCUGGGUACCAGACGAGAAGGAGGGCUUCGUGCAGGGUGAAAUUAAGGCCACCAAGGGCGACCUGGUGACCGUCAACCUCCCCGGAGGCGAGACCAAAGACUUCAAGAAGGAUCUUGUAGCUCAAGUGAACCCGCCUAAGUACGAGAAAUGCGAGGAUAUGUCCAACUUGACAUACCUCAACGACGCUUCGGUUUUGUAUAACUUGAAGCAGAGAUAUUAUCAUAAGCUUAUCUACACUUACUCGGGUCUCUUCUGUGUGGCCAUCAAUCCCUACAAGAGGUUCCCCGUGUACACGACCCGAUGCGCCAGGCUGUACCGAGGCAAGCGUCGCUCGGAAGUGCCGCCUCACAUUUUCGCCAUUUCCGAUGGCGCUUACGUAAACAUGUUGACCAACCACGAGAAUCAAUCUAUGUUGAUUACCGGUGAGUCUGGUGCCGGAAAGACUGAGAACACGAAGAAGGUAAUUGCGUACUUCGCCACCGUCGGUGCUUCGCAGAAGAAGGACCCGUCGCAAGAGAAGAAGGGCUCCCUUGAGGACCAGGUCGUACAAACUAACCCUGUUCUUGAAGCCUUCGGUAACGCCAAGACCGUGCGUAACGACAACUCUUCCCGAUUCGGUAAAUUCAUCCGUAUCCACUUCGGACCUUCUGGUAAACUGGCUGGUGCUGAUAUCGAGACCUACCUGCUUGAGAAGGCUCGUGUCAUCUCCCAGCAAGCCUUGGAGCGUUCUUACCACAUCUUCUACCAAAUGAUGUCCGGAUCCGUCGCUGGCCUUAAGGACAUGUGUCUCCUGUCAAACGACGUAUAUGAUUAUCACAUCGUAUCGCAAGGAAAAACCACCAUCCCGAACGUAGACGAUGGAGAGGAAUGUCUAUUGACUGAUCAAGCCUUCGACAUUUUGGGCUUCACCCAAGAGGAGAAGGACAAUGUGUACAAGAUCACCGCCGCCGUCAUGCACAUGGGCUGCAUGAAGUUCAAGCAGAGGGGUCGCGAGGAACAGGCUGAGGCUGACGGUACCGAGGAUGGUGACAAGGUUGCCAAGCUCCUCGGUGUCGACUGCCAGGAUCUGUACAAGAACUUGUUGAAGCCGCGCAUCAAGGUCGGAAACGAGUUCGUCACCCAGGGUCGUAACAAGGACCAGGUCACCAACUCCGUGGGUGCUCUCUGCAAGGGCAUGUUCGAUCGUCUCUUCAAGUGGCUCGUCAAGAAGUGUAACGAGACUCUAGACACCAAGCAGAAGAGGCAGCACUUCAUUGGUGUGCUGGAUAUUGCUGGUUUCGAGAUUUUCGACUUCAACGGUUUCGAGCAACUCUGCAUUAACUUCACAAACGAGAAGCUCCAGCAAUUCUUUAACCACCACAUGUUCGUAUUGGAGCAAGAAGAGUACAAAAAGGAGGGCAUCAAUUGGGCCUUCAUCGAUUUCGGAAUGGACUUGCUCGCUUGUAUCGAUCUUAUCGAGAAGCCUAUGGGUAUCCUCUCCAUUCUUGAGGAAGAGUCUAUGUUCCCCAAGGCCACUGAUCAGACCUUCGUUGAGAAGUUGAACAACAACCACUUGGGUAAAUCUGCUCCCUACCUGAAGCCUAAACCCCCCAAGCCUGGUUGCCAGGCCGCCCACUUCGCCAUCGGCCAUUACGCUGGAAAUGUCGGCUACAACAUCACUGGCUGGCUUGAGAAGAACAAGGACCCUCUUAACGACACCGUUGUCGACCAGUUCAAGAAGGGCGCCAACAAAUUGUUGGUUGAGAUCUUCGCUGAUCAUCCUGGCCAGUCUGGUGAUGCCAGUGCUGGUGGUGGUGGCAAGGGCGGUCGCGGUAAGAAGGGCGGUGGUUUCGCUACUGUCUCCUCCGCAUACAGGGAACAACUUAACAACCUGAUGACAACUUUGAGGUCAACACAGCCUCACUUCGUCCGUUGUAUCAUUCCCAACGAAUUGAAACAGGCUGGUCUCAUCGACUCCCACCUUGUGAUGCACCAGCUCACCUGUAACGGUGUGCUUGAAGGCAUCCGUAUUUGCCGUAAAGGUUUCCCCAACAGGAUGGUCUACCCCGACUUCAAGCUCCGCUACAAGAUCCUGGCUCCUCAAGCUGCUGACAAGGAGACCGAUCCUAAGAAAGUCGCUCAAGUGAUCCUGGAUGCGACGGGCUUGGACCCCGAGUCCUACCGUCUCGGUCACACCAAGGUGUUCUUCCGUGCUGGUGUCCUGGGUCAGAUGGAAGAGUUGCGUGACGAUAGGUUGUCCAAGAUUGUGUCCUGGAUGCAGGCGUACAUUCGUGGUUACUUGUCUCGCAAAGAGUACAAGAAGCUCCAAGAACAAAGGUUGGCCCUCCAAGUGGUACAACGCAACUUGCGCAAGUACUUGCAGCUCCGCACCUGGCCCUGGUGGAAGUUGUGGCAGAGGGUCAAGCCCCUCCUCAACGUCACCCGCAUCGAAGAUGAGAUCGCGAAAUUGGAGGAGAAGGCACAGAAGGCCCAGGAGGCUUUCGAGAAGGAAGAGAAGCUCCGCAAGGAGGUUGAGGCUCUCAACGCCAAGCUGCUUGAGGAGAAGACCGCCCUGCUUUCCACCCUUGAGGGUGAGAAGGGCUCUCUCUCCGAGACCCAGGAGCGCGCCAACAAGCUCCAGGCUCAGAAGAACGACCUCGAGAACCAACUCAGGGACACACAAGACCGCCUCACUCAGGAAGAGGAUGCCCGCAACCAGCUCUUCCAGGCUAAGAAGAAGUUGGAGCAGGAGGUCUCCGGCCUCAAGAAGGACAUUGAAGACCUCGAGCUGUCCGUCCAGAAGUCCGAACAGGACAAGGCCACCAAGGACCACCAGAUCCGCAACUUGAACGAUGAGAUCGCCCACCAGGAUGAGCUUAUCAACAAGUUGAACAAGGAGAAGAAGAUGCAAGGCGAAUCCAACCAGAAGACCUCCGAGGAACUCCAGGCCGCCGAAGACAAGGUCAACCACCUCAACAAGGUCAAGCAGAAGCUCGAACAGACCCUCGACGAGCUCGAAGACUCCCUGGAGCGCGAAAAGAAACUGCGCGCCGACGUCGAGAAGCAGAGGAGGAAGGUGGAAGGAGACCUCAAGCUCACCCAGGAGGCCGUCACCGACCUCGAACGCAACAAGAAGGAGCUCGAACAGACCAUCCAGCGCAAGGACAAGGAAAUCUCCUCGCUCACCGCCAAGCUCGAGGACGAGCAAUCGCUGGUCAGCAAGCUCCAGAAACAAAUCAAGGAACUGCAGGCCCGCAUCGAGGAGUUGGAAGAGGAAGUGGAAUCCGAGCGCCAGGCGCGCGCUAAGGCUGAGAAGCAACGCGCUGACCUCGCCCGUGAGCUUGAAGAGCUGGGUGAGCGCCUGGAGGAAGCCGGUGGCGCCACCUCUGCUCAGAUCGAGCUCAACAAGAAGCGUGAGGCCGAGCUCAGCAAGCUGCGCCGCGACCUCGAGGAGGCCAACAUCCAGCACGAGUCGACGCUCGCCAACCUCCGCAAGAAGCACAACGAUGCCGUUGCGGAGAUGGGCGAGCAGCUCGACCAGCUCAACAAGCUCAAGGCUAAGGCUGAGAAAGAGCGCUCUCAAUACUUUAGCGAAGUCAAUGACCUUCGUGCCGGUCUCGACCACUUGUCCAACGAAAAGGCUGCCCAAGAGAAGGUUGUCAAGCAACUGCAACACAACCUCAACGAGGUGCAGAACAAGGCUGACGAGGCCAACCGCACCCUCAAUGACCUGGAUGCUGCCAAGAAGAAGCUGUCCAUCGAGAACUCCGACCUGCUCCGCCAGUUGGAGGAGGCUGAGUCGCAGGUGUCUCAGCUCUCUAAGAUCAAGGUGUCGCUCACCACACAGCUUGAAGACACCAAGAGGCUCGCUGACGAAGAAGCCAGGGAACGCGCUACCCUUCUUGGCAAGUUCCGCAACUUGGAGCACGACCUCGACAACAUUCGUGAACAGGUUGAGGAGGAAGCUGAAGGCAAGGCUGAUCUGCAGAGACAGCUUUCCAAGGCUAACGCCGAGGCCCAACUGUGGCGCUCCAAGUACGAGUCCGAGGGUGUUGCCCGCUCCGAAGAGCUGGAGGAGGCCAAACGCAAGCUCCAGGCCCGCCUCGCCGAGGCCGAGGAGACCAUCGAGUCCCUCAACCAGAAGGUCGUUGCCCUCGAAAAGACCAAGCAGCGCCUCGCCACCGAAGUCGAGGACUUGCAACUCGAGGUUGACCGUGCCACCGCUAUCGCCAACGCUGCUGAGAAGAAGCAGAAGGCCUUCGACAAGAUCAUUGGAGAAUGGAAGCUCAAGGUCGAUGACCUCGCCGCUGAACUCGACGCAAGCCAGAAGGAAUGCCGCAACUACUCUACUGAACUGUUCCGCCUCAAGGGUGCCUACGAAGAAGGCCAGGAGCAGCUCGAGGCUGUCCGCCGUGAGAACAAGAACCUCGCUGACGAAGUCAAGGACUUGCUCGACCAAAUCGGUGAAGGUGGCCGCAACAUUCACGAAAUCGAGAAGGCCAGGAAGCGUUUGGAGGCCGAGAAGGACGAACUCCAAGCUGCUCUCGAGGAGGCCGAGGCCGCUCUCGAACAGGAAGAGAACAAGGUUCUCCGCGCUCAGCUCGAGCUCUCUCAAGUCAGACAGGAAAUCGACAGAAGGAUCCAGGAGAAGGAAGAGGAAUUCGAAAACACCCGCAAGAACCACCAACGUGCUCUCGACUCCAUGCAAGCUUCCCUCGAAGCCGAGGCUAAGGGUAAGGCUGAGGCCCUGCGCAUGAAGAAGAAGCUCGAGGCUGACAUCAACGAGCUCGAAAUUGCUCUUGACCACGCUAACAAGGCUAACGCUGAAGCCCAGAAGAACAUCAAACGCUACCAGCAACAGAUCAAGGACCUGCAGACCGCCCUCGAGGAGGAACAACGCGCUCGCGAUGACGCCCGCGAACAGCUCGGCAUCUCUGAACGCCGCGCUAACGCUCUUCAGAACGAGCUCGAGGAGUCCAGAACUCUCCUGGAGCAGGCCGACCGUGCCCGUCGCCAGGCGGAACAAGAGUUGGGAGACGCCCACGAACAGCUCAACGAGUUGUCUGCACAAAGCGCAUCGCUCUCUGCGGCCAAGAGGAAACUCGAGUCCGAAUUGCAGACUCUUCACUCCGAUCUGGAUGAGCUCCUCAACGAGGCUAAGAACUCCGAGGAGAAGGCCAAGAAGGCCAUGGUUGACGCUGCCAGGCUUGCCGAUGAACUUCGCGCUGAACAGGAACACGCUCAGACCCAGGAGAAACUCCGCAAGGCUCUCGAACAACAGAUCAAGGAACUCCAAGUCAGGUUGGAUGAGGCCGAGGCUAACGCACUCAAGGGAGGCAAGAAGGCCAUCCAGAAACUGGAACAGAGAGUCAGGGAACUCGAGAACGAGCUCGACGGUGAACAGAGGAGACACGCUGACGCACAGAAGAACCUGCGUAAGAGCGAGAGGCGUAUCAAGGAGCUCAGCUUCCAGGCCGAGGAGGACCGCAAGAACCACGAGCGCAUGCAGGACCUCGUCGACAAACUGCAGCAGAAGAUCAAGACCUACAAGAGGCAGAUCGAAGAAGCAGAAGAAAUCGCCGCCCUCAACUUGGCUAAGUUCCGCAAGGCUCAGCAAGAGUUGGAGGAGGCUGAGGAGAGAGCAGACCUCGCUGAACAGGCCAUCAGCAAAUUCCGUGGCAAGGGACGUGCAGGAUCCACCGCGAGAGGAGUCAGCCCAGCGCCCCAACGUACGCGCCCCGCCCUCGACGGUUUCGGCACCUUCCCACCAAGGUUCGAUCUGGCGCCUGAAAGCGAUUUCUAAACGUUCCAAACAACUCAAAAAACGGACUGUACAGAUUUUUCGUUGAAUUGUAACUUAAAAUAAAAAAAAAUUGUUAUACCUAGUUGAACAAAACGUGUUACGAAUGCCUGAAACGAGAAACUGUAAAUUAAGGAAAGUAACCAUACAACCUUAUUUUGUAACGCCAAAAAAACAUUUACAUUAGAAUCUUAAUCUUUUUACGGAAGGCUAUUUUAUAAUUUGUUGAUAUUUAUUAUUAUUUAUGAUAAUUUAUUACCGUGGAGUAUGUAUCGUGUGGAGCGGGCGGAGGGGUGCGCGCGGGGCCGAGGUUACAGAGACACACCCGCCAACCCCUCACCGGCCCCGCGAGCACCUUCCCGCCCGCGUCUCCUUUGACAUCCAAUAAAGCGAUAUCGUU